UCGACCCCACUAUCUCUCUCUCUGCACGAGGUCCUAUUUAUUUUCUAUGUCAGGUUUACGAGAUGGGAGACAACGAAGAAAAACCUUGUAGCUUUAUAAAAGCUGGUAAUAUCAGUACUUCUCCUGAAAAACAUCAUCAUCAUCAUCACCAUGAUCAUUCAGCACCCCAUGAACACAGUCAUGGUGCCAAUGAGCAUGGACACACCCAUGAAUUUAUGUCAAAUCCUGGCUUAUGGACAGAAAGGGACAAAAUGGUCAAUAGAUCUGACUGGAAACAACGUGCAUUUACGGUUGGUAUUGGUGGUCCAGUUGGAUCAGGAAAAACUGCGUUAGUCUUGGCUCUCUGCAGACAUUUAAGGGAUUCCCACGGAGUCUGUGUUGUCACAAAUGAUAUUUUCACUAGGGAAGAUUGGGAAUUUCUUGUUAAAAAUGAAGCUUUACCAGAGGAAAGAAUGCGAGCCGUGGAGACAGGAGGCUGUCCUCAUGCUGCUAUAAGGGAGGAUUAUUCAUUGAACAUGGAGGAAGUCAAAGACUUGACCAAAACAUUCCAACCAGAUCUGGUGAUAAUUGAGUCAGGUGGAGACAACCUUGCCGCCAAUUACAGCAGGGAACUGGCUGAUUAUAUUAUUUACGUCAUUGAUGUUGCAGGAGGGGACAAAGUUCCUCGUAAAGGAGGUCCAGGCAUCACACAAAGUGACUUGCUUGUUAUCAACAAAACUGAUUUAGCAGAAGCUGUUGGAGCAGAUCUUAAGGUGAUGGACCGUGAAUCUGCCAUGAUGCGCCAAGGUGGUCCAACCAUCUUUUCCCAGGCAAAACAUUUGGUUGGUAUUAAAGAGAUUGCAGAUCACAUACUUGCUGCUUACAGGGUCAAUGUGAAGAACUGAUAUAGAAGAUAACAGAGGCCUCCUUUUAUUAUACUUUUGACACAAAUCUUGAUGUACAAGUGAAUCAUUUGAUCAUCAUUAAAAAAUGGGAUUUCUGGCUGAA